AUGGCCCGAUUCGGUCGGGUCAAGAAGUCCCCUAAGGCAGGAACAAAAAAUGCUGACUCGGACAUGCUUGUGCUACCUACGUCAGAUCCCCAACGAGCGCCUCGUGUGAGCUUACCACAUGUGGAAACGGAAUUGAACAUGCAUCAGUACAACGGCCUCUUUGAAAUUGGUACCCCGGAGCGUCAGAAGGCAUCCGCUGCGGAAGAGUCAUCCACAGAAACGGUAGUUGUCCCCUCACCGAACGGCACGAACGGCAUCCACAAUUCCAUAUCUGGCGAUUUUCCGGCAACCGAAUGGUCAUCCGCCGUCGGCCACGCAGCGACGGGAAAGUCGGGACGGGUGAUACACAAUCUACAGGAGGAGGUUGCGCGUUUGACCCGCGAUUGUAGCGUCUAUCGCUCGAGGGCCGAGGAGACCCAGCGAAUGAAUGAUGCGUUCAAGAUCCAGGUCCAGAAUAUGACCGAACGACUCCGCAAUCUCGAACAAGCGAAUGAGACCAAUCUGCACUCCAUUUCACGGAAGGAUAAGAAAAUCGAAGAGCUUCGGCUGGAAAUUCAAGGCGAAAAAGACCGGAGAUCUCAUGCUGAGGGAGAGGCUCGGAAGACAACUCAAUUGAUGGAUGAAGCUCGAGACGAUUUUCAUCGGAAAUGCGCCGAACUUCAAGAAAUCUCUCAUCAUUCUCGAACUCAGUAUGAUGUGCUGGCGAAGACCGGACAACGGGAACGGGCGGAACAUCUGAAGAAGCUCAAGUUGCUCCGGGAUGAUUUUGUCGCUUUGAAGAAACGAAGUGACGAAAAAGACACUCAUGUAGAGCGCCUGGACGAACUGAUGGCCGAGAAGGAUCGUGAGCUUGAGAGCAGCAGGCAGAAAUUUGAGGCCCUCUUCGCCGAAUACGAAGCCUACAAACGCACCCAGGACGAAGAAUUGAGAUCCCUGAUUGAAAGCGGACGUGAGGGUGAGGCCAAAAUCAACGCGGCCCUUGCUGCGCUACAAGAAACCCAGGGGCAGAUGAAAUGGGCCAUUCAAGUCAAGCACCAAAUCAAGGAUGCCGAGUAA